CACCCUCUGGUAACACUGCAUCCAGCUGGAACAAAAAUUUUAAUCAGAAUAGAAUAUCAGUAUUAUAACGCACAAAAAUUCCCCAAGCGAGGGGGCGGAGUCAAAAGCUAUCCAUAUGCUGCUCAAUUGAGUUUCAUUGAGAAAGGAAUCAGAGAAGGGGACUUCCCCACCUUAGAAGCCAACAAAAUCGACUGCGGCACUUGUACAAGGAAAAAAGUUCGGCCUUUAAAAGCGGAAUGAAAUGAAGGUUUAUCUGCGUGGAAACCAGAUUUAAAUCGAGUGGCAACGAACCUUUUAUCACUUCCGAAAGGCAGAACCGAAAAACGUCGCAAAAAUGAAACUGAAACGCUGGCGGCACAAGCGUAAAUAGUUAUUUACCCAGAGAUAACCGAAGGGGAAAGACAUUCACCCAACAGCCGGAUUCGUUUUGGAAAACCUUCGGAAAACAAGCGGAAAAUCAUGCUGGGUCGCACACAAAAACUCCUGUUGGGCAUAUCGAUACUGAUACUAGUCGAUGUGGUUUGGGUCUCCUCCAGCGAGCUAACAAAGUUUCUCUACAAUGAGGCCAAGUUCGACAAACCCUUCUUCUGCACAUACUUCAAAACAUCCAUGUUCAGCAUUUACCUGCUAGUCAUUGGUAUCCUGGCUCCCUGGAAAGAGUCCUGCGAGCGUCAAAAUGGAAACUAUGCUAUGAUGGAGCAGAAUGCAGACGACGAGAAUUAUUACACCAAUCAGGCUGUUUUGGGAGAUCCUACCUAUGUGCCCAUUAGAUCGCCCCACUUGGGAGCCCCAGCCAAUAAUGCCACCUCAAACUCCCUAUCCGGCACCGAAAGCGAUGACUCCAGUGUGAGGAGUGUGCGUUUCAGCAAGAUGGCCGAGGUCAGAGAGAUGUCCGCCCACGAAGCCACCGAUGCUUUGAUGGCCAGGCUCUCGUAUGCCGCCAGCUUGAGAAUCAGGCGGCAGAAGACCCACCACAAGACUGCCAAGACCGCCCUGCUCUUCUGCCUGCUCUGGUUCGCCGCCAAUUACUUCUUUCAGUUGGCCCUGGAAAUGGACGAGACGGCCAUGAUAACGCUGGUCAGCUCAACGUCGUCGUUCUUCGUUAUCUGCCUGGCGGCCGUGUUUCCCUCGGCGACGGGUGACAAGAUGACCAUCACCAAGGUGAUUGCGGUGGCCAUGAACAUUGGCGGCGUGGUUGCCAUCACCAUGAACGACCUGCACGACACAAAGAUGACGCGAGGCGUCCUUUUGGCCCUGUUCAGUGCUUUCUUCUAUGCCGCCUAUCUGGUUUUCGUGAAGCGAAAAAGCGAUACGGAGGAAAAGGUCGAUAUACCUUUGUUUUUCGGUUUUGUGGGCCUCUGGAAUCUGCUGCUAUUGUGGCCGAUUUUCUUCAUUCUCCACUUCACCAAAAUUGAAACCUUUGAGCUGCCCAGCCAAGGGCAGUUUGCCCUAUUGUUCCUCAACGGAUUGAUUGGCACUGUGCUGGGAGAAGCCCUUUGGCUGUGGGGCUGCUUUCUGACCUCCUCCUUGAUUGGCACGCUGGCCAUGUCGCUGCAGAUUCCGCUGGCUAUCAUGUUCGAUGUCCUGCUCAAGAACAAGCCGUAUUCGCCGAUGUUCUACAUGGGCUCGGUACCCAUAUUCGUCGCCCUGGUUUUCGUAUCCCUACUGAUGCGAAACGACGAUUCCGAUCCGCUGAUGAAGCUGUUUAGGAUUGUAUAUAGAAAGGUCUGCCGGUGCCAUAAGCCAAGCAUUGUGAGGGUCAACGAUGACGAGCAGCAGGAGUCGCUAAUAAGCAACAGCGAUUGAACGCACCGAUGAUCGGAGGCUUUUUGCGCUUCUACAAACUUUGAAUGUUGCUCAUUGCAAUGCAAUCUAAAACUUGGCUGUUCACGAGUUCGUUUCGAAUCGUUCUUUAAUCUAUUGGGACAAGUCCUGCACAAUUCCCCAUCUGCCCUGAUUUGUGUUUCUCAUUUGUGCAUUUUCCGUUGGAUAUUAUUAUGUUGCGAUCUUGCAUACAACUAUUUAUUAUAAUCUUACAAGUGUAUUCUCUGUAAAUAGCUUUAGCUCCCACGAAUACCGUUUAUCUAUGUGAUAGUCUACAACGUUUUGCUGAAGUCCACCUAUAAUUUAUUGUAUUUUCUCGGUAUUCACAUUGCGCUUAGCUGUAUAAUUGUUGACUUCUCAAUACAAGAUGAAUAUAAGAAAACAUAUACACAUAUUGAUAACUAAUAACAAUAAAUAAAACUUGUCUACCGUAAGC